CAGCCCCGGGUUAUUUCAAAAGUGUUUCGCAACACAACGUGGCACGAGUUGUCAGUGAUGAUUGUGUUGUGCAACGAAAUCGAACACUUGAUCUAAUCAGAUUUUAUUCAAACAACUUUCACUCGAGAGGGAAUGCGAAAAAUGCAUGAACCCAAUAAAUCAGCAGUAUCGCUCUUAACUGAAGAAAAUCGCGGUAUGUGUAGAAAAGAGACUGACAGUCCCUGGUCCUGGUUGGUUUGCUUUUGUGCAACUGUUAUGAUCGCUUUGAUGUUUGGAAUCUCGCUCAACUUUGGAGUUCUGUUUCCAGUGUUAAUGGACUACUUUCAAGAGUCACGAGAAAAGACAGCAUGGGUUGGUUCAGUCGGAAUAGCCUUAAUAUUUGUCCUUGGACCUUUGACAAGCAUGUUAGUGAAUCGCCUUGGCUGCCGUUUAACAGCAAUAUUGGGUGGAUUAUCAGGAUCCAUUGGUUUGUUACUAUCAUCUUUUGCUUCAAGUAUUUAUGUUAUAUAUGGGACUUACAGUGUUCUGUUUGGAUUUGGAGGCAGUUGCAUUUUUGUGUCAUCUUAUGUGGUAACAUCACAGUACUUUGAAAGGAACCGAUCCAUAGCAACUGGCAUUCUUGCCUCAGGAACAGGGCUGGGUGUUCUUGGCAUGGCACCAGUUCUUCAAGGCUUGUUGGACUACUUUGAUUGGAGAAAAACUUAUCGUCUAACUGCAGCAAUUUACUCAGCUGUUUGUGUCCUUGGUCUUACAUUUAGUCCAGUUUUAGUAAAUAAGGAAAAAAGUGCAACUGAGAAAGAAAAUGAGGUACUUGAAGACUUAAAUGAAGAGAAAGGAAAGAAAAUAGGAAAAUCAAACAAGUGGAUAGACUUCUCAGUCUUUAAGGAGAAGGUGUUUGUGGUUUUAACACUCUCAAUGUCAGUUGCCUUUAUAGGGCACCACAUCCCAAGGUUACAUUUGGUGAGGUUCUCAGAGGACCUCCAUGUUUCAGCUGAUGCAGCAUCAAGGCUUUUUAUCUACAUUGGUAUCACAACAUUUCUAGGCCGACUACUCAGUGGAAUCCUGUGUAACAUACCUGCUGUGAAUCCCGUCUAUGUGUUCAUGGUUGGUCUUGCGCUGGAUGGCUCAUCUGUUGUUUUGCUUACUCAGGCCAAAGACUAUGGGUAUCUUAUAGCAUUUUCUUUGUUGUAUGGCUUGGCAGAUGGUUUUGAAAUAGGCACAUUUAACAUUUGCAUGAUGAAUAAUUACUUGGAGCCUAGGAAGAGAGCAUCUGCUUUUGGUUUAAGUGCUAUCUUCUAUGGAACAAUGACUGCAGCUGGACCUCCCCUAGCUGGUUUUAUGACAGAUCACCUCCACACUUAUGUGCCAUCUUUUAUCAUGGCUGCUGUCGUAGAGUUUACAGCAGCAGCACUGCCUUUAAUCCUUGUCUGUGGCAAAAAACAGGUGAAAUAUGGACUAAAUGAACAUUCUGAGAGAGAAGACAGAGAUGAACAUCUGAGACCUGUGGUAUGGGAAACAACUUUGUAAAGAACUCUAACUUGGAUGAAAAUUAUGCUGGCCGACGAAAGUUGCACAAUUUGGCAGAAAUGGUCAAGUCAAGUUUGUUCUUCCCUCUUCCUAAAUACAAAACAACUUAAUUCGUUUCAUUCAAAAAUUAGCUAACAAAUUAAUUUUCACACGUUUGUUGAUGGUUCAUUUUUAAGCCUCACCAAGAAGUCCUAAUAAAUAGCGACUGUAUAACAGAGAAAGCCAGACCCGUUACCCGCCAAAGUGGCCUAUGACGCGCGACCCUUGACCCAUGACUCGUGACCCGCGACUCGUGACCCGCCACCCGCUACAAUUGCCUGCGACAUGCAACCCUCGACCUGUGAACGGUGGUCCGCGACCUGUAAGACAGUAAAAGAUAAAGGCUUCACCAAGAAGUGCUAAUAAUAGAUAUAUGUGUAACAGAGAAAGCCAGAGAAAAAGCAAACCAAUCAAGUUCAAGGCAACGUUAUUUAAUAAAUCUAAAUAUGAGCAAAUAAAUCGAAUUUGCACAUGUUUAAUGACGAUUUACUUGUAAGGUUCACUAAGAAGUGGUAAUAAAAGGUAACUGUUAUAAGAGAAAGUCAGAGAGAAUGCCAAAGCAAUAAACAC